UGGAAUAUUUUAAUCCUUAUCAUCUAUAAGUAAAGCAAGGGUUUCUAAAUUUAGAGUAAAAACGAACAAUUCUACUCACAAUCAUGUGGUAGCAUUAACGCAUGAGUUUCCGUAGGCGAGUUGACACGGAGUGCGAGUUUAGGGGUCGAAGUUAAGGGCAUCAUGGCACGGAGCUACAGCCACGGGCACACAAUAGGGGCGCAAGGUGGAACGCUCAAGAGGCAACAGGCCUUGUCAGUGGAGGCGUUGAUGCUAGGGUCGUGGCAUAAGGUUGCAGACAAGACACGUGGGAACGUGCGAGAGCAGUCGAGGGCGACAUGCAUGUGUGUGCAAGAGUGGCCUGGCUCGAGACAUGGGUGCACACACAAGCAACAUGGGUUGAGACGUUGGCACGCAUGGGUGCAGUCGGGCUUGAGGCGUUGGCACGCACAAGAGCGGCAAAAAGCGUUAAGGAAGCGUGCCACGCCAGCAGCGGAGACGAUAUUGACACUCGAUUUUACAAAGGGAUUUAGGUGUCGAUACCUCGGCAAAAUCUGGAGUCGCCUAGAAAAUUCUCAAAGCAGCAACGUGUGCUGGAAUGGCUCCAGACAAGAGUUUGGAAGGGUCCAUUGGGCCAAACUCGUGUAAAUAUCUUCCUAAAGCCUUGUACAUAGUUCUAGAAUGGGGUGUUCUAGAAUAAUGUAGGAUUAAGCUA